UUUGGCUUGGCUUGGGAUGAUGUAUUUUAGCGUCUCCUAGCUCAACGAAUUUGCUUUUCGGCACCCAUACCAACAGUUGUGUAGAAAUGUGAUUAUUCUGCAAACUACAACCAAACUAAAUUAUGCUCAAGCUGCAUUUGUCAAUAUUGAAAACAAAAACAAUUACGAAAAAGUCCCGCUCAAAGACGUCUGUCAUAAUCAACCUGCAAAAGAAAAAAAACGCGCACGCAAAAUGCUUAUCAAUUGCAUCACAGUAGAUUGCACCUAUCAUUGUUGCUCGCGAUUGUUUAUCGUUUUCAAGCGCCUGACUAGCCAACAUUAGCGAGUGUGGCAGUCUGCUCUCUGAUCAAAACACAGAACAAUCCAAAGCAACGCCCGUCAAAAUGUUGCGUUUGUUAGCGUCCGCCGCCGUUGCUGCGCAUAGCGAAUUGGCACUUAACACCAUCAUCAAAACAACAUCACGGUCCUGCUUUCCCCCGUUGUUGGUAGGUUUUCCAGCACGUUCGAUGUGCAGCGCCGCUCCGGGUGCGAAGGAACGCCGAAUGCAAAUCGGAUCGCAUUCCGUGCACUUUGUCGAGGCAGGCCAUGGAGACCGCGGCGUCAUAUUGUUACCCGGUGCGCUCGGUACCGCUUGGACGGAUUUCAAACCCCAAAUUGAAGGUUUACCAGCGUUGCUUCCACACCACCGAGUGAUUGCCUGGGAUCCGCCCGGAUACGGUAAAUCGCGGCCGCCGGAGAAGGAAUUCACAGUGGACUUUUUCGAGCGGGACGCAGCAGCUGCCAGUGAGCUGAUGCAGAAAUUAGGUAUCCAAAGAUACAGCAUCGUUGGCUGGAGCGAUGGUGGCAUUACCGGGCUGGUGAUGGCCGCCAAUAAGCCGGACCAGGUAGACAAGCUGAUCGUUUGGGGAUCAAACUCCUACAUAUCGGAUACGGAAGUCAAAAUUUACGAAGAUAUUCGUGACGUUCGGAAAUGGUCAGCAAGAAUGCGGGAACCAAUGGAGCAAGUGUACGGUGUAGAUCACUUUCCCAAGCUGUGGUCGGCCUGGGUGGAUGGAUUGUUGCGUAUUUAUCAUGAGCGCAAAGGUGACAUCUGCUCCGGGAAGCUGAAGCAUAUUAAAGCUCCAACGCUGGUCGUCCACGGAGCAAAGGAUCCGAUGAUCAUUCCGGAUCAUGUGCCUUACCUGCUGAAUAACAUCAGCAAUACUGAUCUGCAUGUGUUUCCCGACGGCAAGCACAACAUACACCUUCGCUAUGCAAAGGAAUUUAAUACCAUAGUGGCCAAGUUUCUACUGAGUUAGGGUGCGUCAAACGGGGUUUGUUUUAAUUCGCUUUCAUACUUUUGCGGUCUCGAAGAAUGUUUUAGUCUGUUGAUUAUUGUUAUGGUAUAUUAUAUUCAUUGUAGCACCAAAUGCAUGCUGUUUUCCUUUUGUCAUAUUACCGUUCUUUAAUGUUCACUGUAGUUAAUCUUUUUCACUGGUCUCUGUGAACAAAUCUCGAUUGGUGAAAUAAAGAAAGGAUACAUCAAAGGAUUGAUUAUA